AUGGCCUCUUCAACCCGACAAGAUCGGGCGCUCAUGCGCCAACGCGGAGCAGGGUCACGAAUUGUCGCCAAUGCCGAUUUUGGUCUAAAUUUCGGUGUUGGCGAGAGUAGAGAAGAGCGUCAGCAAAUGCGACAAAGGGGUGCCCGGUCUCGAAUGAUUGGAAAUGUCGACUUUGGACUCUCUUUUCCAAGUUCAGCUCGCUCGUUACGCUCAUCUACUAGUACACCACAGUCCCGAAAACCCAGUUCUCGCCAGUCUUCAAAAACACCAGGCAGACGAAGCCAGGAGCCUUCGUCCCCCAGGUCAACAAGAGAGAGUUCAACCAAGUUGGGAGAAAAUCCCGAAGAACCGGCCCAGUCAGAGGUGGCAGAAUCGGAAGCAGGCGGUCGAUCUACUAAAAGAAGACGAUUGUCAGAAUCUAUAACGGCGUCGCAAAAUCUGUCCCUGGGAGAGAUACCCAAUGCAGUAGCAUCAAGCCGCGCAUCACGGAAGAGGAAGAGCAGCAAUGUAUUCACGAUCGCAGAAGAUGAAGAUGCUCGAGAGAGUGAUCGAAUAUCCAGGACUGGAAAAUCAAUUCCACCAGAACGACAGACGUCGCCACUGUUUUUCUCAUCAGAGGGUUUUGAUGAAGAGAAUACUAUACCAGACAAUGUCAAUCCCCAAACGGAAGAGCAAAUUACCAAGUUGGACGAUUUGAAGGCCACUCGCAGAACCGCGAGAUCAUCCACCAAAUCAGUGCUAAGCACGCCUGUAGGUUGGGAUGAAGGCGGCAACGAUCAGACUGAGGCAGAAGAAGAAGCAGGACAAAAUGAAAGCUCAAAAAUUGAAAGAGUCAAGACAGCGGAGAUCCAGCCGUCUCUGCUGGAACUCGACGAACCCGGUCCUUCCAAACAGAAAAGACGAAAGAAACGGAAAUCCGUAAACUUAGGUCCUAAGAAGAGGAAGUCGUCUGGACGGACUGAGAUUAACACUUCGUUGAGAGAAAGCUCUAUUCAGGAUCGGGGGUCUCGUGCUCCAUCAGAAGAUCCGUCAUCCUUAUCAGUUGUACCUUCAGCAGGUAGAAUCGGCCGGUCAAGCCGGGCUGGGUCCACGCAUAACGAGACAGACGAUGCCGAAUCCGAUGGGCAGCGAUCCCCUAGGGAAGCAGAGGAUGAGGAUGAAACAUACAUCCAGGAGAGCUCUCCUGAACCUCAAACGCCCGCCAAUGCCCUGAAAGCCAGUCAAAGAUCUCGACAUCGGACAGCGUCUGAUGGGAAGACUCGGGCUCCUAAGCACCGCGAAUCGAAGCCGACGUUUCCCAUACUCACCCAUCGACUCACAAACAUUCCGACACUACCGACUAUCACCGAAGAUUCAGAGGACAAGGGUCACGACAGGCCAGAUGGGGCUAGCAAUCUGCAUUACGAUCGCUCUCAACCAAAUGCGGUUGAUGUUCUAGCGCAAAUUUGUCGAGAAACAAUCGAGACCAUGAUCGAACGCUUGUCUCACAAUGGCCAGCCUUCGGAACGUCAGACUCUCAAGAUCAAGCGAGACGCUCUCGAGGCCUUUGCACGGGAUAUAGAUGAUGAUUUCUUCGAAAUGUCCGAGGCUGUGGAGAACCGAAUUAAUCUUGAGGGUCAAGUUCGCAAGAGUAAGAGAGAAAAAUCGGCUCUGCAAACAGAAUGGAUCGAACUAAGAAAAGAGAGGGAGCGAAUUGCACUCAAAUGCGACGCUGUUCGCAGACGACAUUGGGAAUCUGAGGAGGACGCGCGAGAGAAGUGGAAUCUCAGCGAGGCGGCGAGAAGGGUCGAAAUUGAAAUGGAGCGAGAUGAUCAAGAUGACCACGAAGGAAUAGAAUACCUACUUCGAAGCGUUGUGGGCGAUGUUAGCAAUGUUUCUGAUCAAGGCGGAAUCUUGGAUCGGAUCAGAUCCUUCAAUGCACAGUUGGAAAGCAUGGCGUUGUUCUUGGAGGGAAAAGAGGUUUGA